CCUUUAGCAAGGCAGCCAUCUUGUUUAGCUGGACUAAUUACCACCCCCUUCCUGCAGUCGGCAAGGUGUCAGGCAGUGGAUUGUCAAGGUGGUCGGGUCAUUUCACUGGCCCUUACUUUAAUUGGAUUAAACGAAACAUAAAAUUUUAUUCUAAUGAGUAAAAUGGCGGGUCAAAGCAUUAUGGACCGCGUUGUGGCCGCUAGGCACAGCAUCGCUGGUCAGGGCCUGGCAAAGUCUGUUUGCAAGGCAACAACAGAAGAAAUUAUCGGUCCUAAGAAAAAACAUCUUGAUUGUAAGUACUGGUACUUAAAAUUAUUGCUCGCUUCGAUACUUUUAAAAUGGGACACGCCCAUUUUAUGUGAUAAAUUUCAGUACGCUUCACUAAUUGUUACUAUGAUGAUGAUUCUCUUACAUAACAACACUGACUAUACUUAAAAGUUAGUUUGUUACAGAGAGGUUUUGCCUUGACUUGACACUCUUGUGACAGAUAUUUAUUAUAGUUUAUUGAAUUAAAAGUUACAGUCAGACAGUGCUACUUCUGUAUGUCUACAGACUACACAGUGUCGCUCAAUCACUUACUUUUUUAAGCAUUUAGACUAUUGUCUAUUCUAUGUUUUAGUUUCUUACUACUACUACUAAUACUACUAAUACUCAACUACAUUUUAAGUUCUUAUUCUUAGACUUUUAGACUUAGGCUCUGUAAAUUAAAGAACAUUCUGGUUAUAGUUUAGGCCUGUCUUAACUCUUUCCGUGCCAAUCGACAGUAUACUGUCGAUUUGACUGGUCACGUUUGUGCCAACCCACAGUAUACUGUCGCUAUCAUUUAUGCAGUUUGUUUCGUUUCUCGUGGCUCUUAAUCCUACUUUUUUUGUUCUUAAACGAAAGAUAAAUCUUACUACUUCCUUUUUUUAACAAGUAGGGCAUGUUUGCAUGUGUUUUUUCUAAAAAUAGUUCAAUUUGUGUUGAACCUUUUGUAAACAAAGCCAUGGCCACGCCCACUCCAAGCAUGUCAGCUUUUGCUAGACCACUAGGUAGUCUAUUUUGCAAACAAAAGAACUUUUAUUGCUAAUUAUUGAUGCUGAAACAACAGACAAUAACCAUGAAUCAUUUGAAUCAGAUUCCAAUGAUGAUUUUCAGGAUUCUGAUGGGUCGGUAAAUGCCAAAUGGAAAUAGUAAUAGAAUGGCUAUAGUAAUAGUAAUAGUGGUGACUGUCGGCACUUUCAUAAAAAUUUCAAAACAUUUUUAAAAAUAUAAAAAUACCACGAAUAUAUAGAGCCUAGAGAAUGGAUUUAAAAAAACACCCAGAUCAACUUUCUAGCUCAGGUAGUUCAAAAGUUAUGAAUUUUGUUCAAAACCACUGUGUUACUAUGGCAACGGAGAGGAUUCAGAUAAGAAUACUCCUAACGUUACAAAAAUGGGUAUAACUCUGUAACAAAAUGGAAUAUUUUCAAAAUUUAAAAUCCACUAUGAUCAAAAAUGGAUAUAAUUUUUGGGGAUUGAAGCAGAAUAGGAUAUCAGCUACACAGACCGAAUGGUAGUCUGAUAAGUUCAGAUUUGGUGUGCAAUUUUAAAAAUACAAAAAAUUUGAUCUCACAAUUUUACCUAAAAAAUUUAACUUAUUGUUGUUAUAUUGUUUUAUAGUUUAAAUAUUAUUAUUCUCUGUCUAAUUUCCUUUAAUUUGAUAUGAAAUACAGCUAUCUAAAAAGAAAUGUAUUCAAUUAUUCAAAAUUAAUUAAUAGGUAGGAGCACCCUAAAAAAUUUCCAUUGGCCAAAUACUGGUCUGGCACGAACGUGGGAAACCCCCUGGCAUGGAAAGAGUUAAGCCUACUACCUGCAUGUGCCUGAAUAAUUAUAAUAAAAAGGACUUAUAAGCCUUGAUAAUAUUGUGUUAUUAACCUAUAGUCUAAAGGCCUACAAAAUAACAGCACAGUUAAUUGUACGCUUGGCAUUUCCCCCUGUUCUUUUUAGUUUUUGCACUAAUUUUACCCGACUCACAUGGUUGCCAUGACACCAUGUCAAUAAGGAGGACGGCUGUGUGAAAAAAAAGUAGUGCAAAAACAUCCCUUUGUAAACUUUGUAAAAAUCAACAAAAACGCUACAAAUAACAAAAAAAUCAUUCAAUUUGUGUGUGUGUGAAGAACCUUGAAAUCUAAACUUUACAACUCUGCCUGUCCUGAAUGCUAAGGCGGUAUCCCUAACUCCAGCGUAACUUCACCCCUAAAUUUGGUCUCCUUCCCCCCAAAAAAAAAACAAACUUAAAUUUAAAUCUUCAAACCAACAGCCAAAGUGAACCUUAAAAUCAUGCAUAAAAAAAACAAAACAUGUUCAUAUGCUACAUUUACAGACACUACUUAGUUAAAUCGUAAAUUUGAAUAAAAAGAUUAAAAUAAUUUUAGAGUAUUUCAAAAUAAUGAAAACCCAACUUACAGUUUCAUCAUAUUGUAAGGAACCUUGCUUACACUCCGACAAACUUCAUCUCUGGUACUCAAUAAGUAAACAACUCCGGUGAUACAUUUGAUGAGUAAACUCGUGUUCUUUAUUGGCUCUGUCACUUGCUUACACUUUCAUUCAUCUCACAGCUCUGACUGCCCUCGUCCUCUACCGUCGCUGUUCUCUACCUCUNAGUGACUUGGACCUUCAGCAUUCAUUUACAAACAGCUCACAGUAAUACACGUGACGUCAUUCGCUUUGGUUCUAAUGCGUCUCCUGGUGUAAACAAUCCUACGGUAGCCCUACCUUCGAAUACGACAAUUGAAUUAAACGGACACCCCUAACGGCCUAACGCGGUCUCCUAAACAGUUGUGGUUAAGGUCAGAGUCAGUUUUGAGUCAGUCAGAGCGCCUAGUACAUUCACAACAAUCAAACAAUUAUGGUUGUACAACAACUAGAUCAAGAAUACUACAUCAUCUAGAAACUUAAUUAAUAGUACAGCAUUAAGAUAUAAAUUUAAAAACUAUAUUAAACAACAAAAAAAAUUCAAUUACAAUGAAAAUUGUCAAGUAUCAUAUCAGAAUCGAAUAAAAAUUCAGAGCAACAGCAAUUAUUGUGGUCGGUAUACAUCCAAAACUACUUAAAGCCUUCAAUGUUAUUGUUAAUGUCAUUAGGAUUCACAAAACAUUUUAUACCUCAAAAAAAACAUCAACUCGAAAUAACAAUCAUCAUGUCAUAAUUAGAGCAUUAUCUUUUUAUAACCGAUUCAACUCUGGAGUUCAUAUGUCUCUAGAUAAAAUAAAACAACAUUAGUUAACUUUAAAUCUUUUCACCAAAAAAAUGCAUGUCAUUCCCUAAAAUAAACUAGGUGUCCAAAAUGUCUUCACUCUAAGCUUCUUGCAGAACGCGUGGAAGCUCCGGAGUAGCUCCCAUCAAGUUGUCUCUUAGGCAAUUUGUUUGUAACUUUAAAAUCCAGUCGGGUGGAUUAUUGUCAUAAUAGGGUUUCAAUCGGUCGUGAUGAAUUAUUCUUGCCUUCGUCUUUCCCUCUCCUCGAAUUUCAAAUAACACAUCACUAAAUUUUCGACUGACAACGAAUGGUCCGCGCCAUUUAUUUGGGUUCAAUUUUGGGUUUCGACCCACCUGUUUGGUUAAGUCCAAAUAGAGAACCACAUCCCCCACGUUGAAGCUAUGUUGUACUGCCCGAGUAUCGUGGUCCCUUUUCUGCCGCUGAGCUGCUGUCUUAAGAUGUUUCCUGGCAGUGGCAUAAAUGUCGUCCAACUUUUGUUCAAGUUUCAACACGUACUCGGGUACGGGUUGACCGAGAUGUUUAUCAGGUAAUGGAGCCCCCAUCGACAGGUGAAUGGGCUGAUAGAGCUCUCGCCCAAACAUUAAAUAAUUGGGGCUGUAGCCAGUACUGGGAUGUUGAUGGUUUCUGUACGCACUGGUCAAUAGUGGGAGAUGGACGUCCCAGUUCUUUUGAUUCUCCGCAACGUAUGCAGAUAUCAUCUUAAUUAGCACUGAGUUAAAUCGUUCGACCUGUCCGUUACUGGCUGGAUGGAAAGAUGAUGUCCUGGUUUGCUUAAUGUCUAGUAAUUCCAUUACUCGUUUAAACAAUUUACUUUGAUAAUUGGAUCCCUGAUCCGAAUGCAAUUCUAACGGGCAACCAAAAAUGGAGAAGAAUUGGUUUACCAAAGUAGCGGCCGUUGUUUCUGCUGAACAGUCAGGAAGUGCAUAUGCCUGGGUAUAUUUAGUGAACGCGUCCACUACUACAAGAAUGUAUCUAUUGCCAGUAUCAGUGACGGGUAACGGACCAAUAAAGUCAGUGCACACUCUUUGCAAUGGGGAUCCUGUAAGAAACGAUUGCAAUUUGGCUGAGCUGUUGGCGCGAGGACGUUUGGUGCGCUGACAGAUAGUACAGUUGGUGAUGAACAUUUGAACAUCACUUUUCAUUCUGUACCAACUAUAGUACGUACGGACAUUAUCCAAUACCUUAUUUAUGCCGAGAUGACCAGCAUAGACUGACGAGUGCAUUUUCUUCAACACUGUCCUUACCAGGGACCUAGGCAACAUAAUUUUCAAUAUUUCAUCCUUCCGACCCGGAUGAAACCAACGUUUACAUAAAACUCCAUCCACAACAAUAAGUAAAUCAAGGUUCAACCAAAGAUUCCUAACAGCCGGCGAUUCUCCACUAAUGUCCUCUCUUUUUGGUUUGGUCUUGUCCUUGAUCCACUUAAAAACAUGACUUAAGUCAUUAUCUUCCUGCUGAAAUUUUCUCAAAUCUUCCUUUGAUAUGUCUAACCCUUCGCAGAAUGUAUAGUCACUAUUGUCUGCACGAAACACGGCAACCGACUCUCGGUCCGCAUUCCGAUCAUUUCCUUUUGAUGUCGACUCAGGGAAAGGUAAUUGGAUAGGUUGGCUUGGUACGAGGGGCGUGUCCGUGGGGCAGUUUUCCCACCCAGUCUCAUCUGACGUUGACCCUCCGACCGAGGGGUUAGGUGGGUUCACGGGAGGCUGCGUUUUACUGCGAGUCGUCACCAUGUUGAUUUUCACAACAGCUGCUGCUGGCAAGUGGUUACUAGUGGUGGAUAAUGGAAUGAUGUCUUCUUCCUGAUAAAAUUCUGACCAUUGUCGGAAUCUCCUGGUGCACAAGUCACAACCUUUACAUGGAAGAUCCUGCAACAUUUUGUCCUUGUUAUAAAACAGACAACCUUCUGGUUCACUUCUUGAUAAAAAAUCGGCGUUGGUAUGCUUAUUGCCACUCCGGUGUUCGAUGUCAAAAUCAAAUUGUGAUAAAAGUUCUAUCCAUCUUGCUAUUUGGUCUGUGGGGUUACGAAAGGAUAACAACCACCUAAGGGAGCUAUGAUCUGUCCUCACCAUGAACCUUCGACCCAAAAGAAAAUGGCGAAAUUGAUUAGCAAAGGUGACGACUGCCAGGAGUUCACGUCGGGUUACACAAUAACGUCGUUCAGCUCGAUUUAAAGACUUGCUAGCGUGGUAUAUUGGUCUCUCCAUCAGUUGCUGGUCUCGCUCCGACCACUGCAUCUGUGACAGAGUACACCCUAUAGCUGUGGCACUUGCGUCGCAGUCGAUGAUAAAACUACCACCGUCGUGUUGUGGCUGGGCCAUAACUUCAGAGGAAAUCAAACAUUGCUUUAACUGAGAAAACGCAACUUCACACUCGUCAUUCCACUCCAAAAUCUUAGUGUUCUUUCCUUCUAACAACCGAUUAAGGGGUGCAGCUAUAGUCGAAUGCCCCUUUAUCCAUCGUCUAUAGUAAGACGCCAUACCAAGAAAGCUCCUCAAAGAAGAUACGUUUUGUGGCCUUGGAAAAUUAUUGAUUGUUUCAACUUUCUCGGGGUCAGUCUUCACUCCUUCUCCUGACACUACGUAACCUAAGAAUCGGACCUCUGAUUUAAAUAAAACACAUUUUUCCGGUUUAAGUUUGAGUCCUGCCUGCCUCAAUCUAUUAAUAGCCUCCUCGAAUCGAUCUAAGCACUGUUGGAAAGUCUCGCCAAAUAUACAUAUGUCAUCAAUGAACACCACUAAAGUUUUAUAAUUUAGGCCCUUAAAAACAGUUUCCAUGCAUCGUUGAAAGGUGGCUGGUGCCCCUGUCAAACCCAUGGGUGUGACGUUGUACUCGUAGUGGCCAUUCAACGUGGAAAAUGCCGUUUUUGCUUUAUCCUGUUCCUCAACUUCUAUCUGAUAAUAAGCUGACUGCAAAUCUAAGGAACAAAAAUAUUUUGCACCAGCCAUCACCUCUAUCAGUUCGUUACAUCGAGGAAGUGGAAAACUAUCCUUCUGUGUCACUUUAUUUAGUUCCCGAUAAUCGCACACAACACGUACCUCAUUGUUUUUCUUUCUAACAAAGUGCAACGGGGCAGACCACGGUGACUUUGACUCUCUUAUAAUGCCGGCCUCCAGCUGAGAGGUGAUGACGUCAUCGACUUCGUCCUCAAACGCUCGUGGAGGUCUCCGUGGGGGAAUUUUAAUAGGUCUUGCAUCCCCCGUCGGUAUCUCAUGUUUUAUAAUAGAGGUCCUUCCCACGUCCAGCGAUGAGGUUGAAAAUAUUUUCCUAUUCCGCUCCAACGAACACCACAAUUUUUCUCUCUCUUCCUCAUUGAGCUCACCGUUUUCUAUUGUUCUUUCAAACAGAUUUCUCACCAACGAAUAAGACUGGUCCUGUUGAAUCACUGAAUUUACACAUUUUGUUAUUACUGGCACCUUGUGUCUAUGUAGGUUGAGCCCCUUUUUAAUUGAAAAUGAAAAGUCAUAGUGACAUAGGAAAUCGAAUCCUAGAUAACCAUCGUCGGUUAUGUCUGCGAUAUGCACCGUCCAUGGGUAAACCUUCUCUCCAAUAAGCAAGUCUAGGUCGCAGACUCCAUGGAGUUUUAUAGACGUGCCACUGGCUGACUGUAGAUGUAAUGGGACGAGGUGGCUAUUCAACGUUGGUCUAUGCUGCAUCCUAUUGAAAAUUCUCUCGGACAAAAUUGUCACGGCCGCCCCAGUGUCUAAUAAAAACUGUGUUUCCACAUCAGAAACGUUAAUUGUCACAUACACAGCGCUUAUAGCUCGUUGUUGUUCUGGUUUCCUAUGUUUCCUAGAGGCGGCCCGAACUAGUUUAAACGACGAGGGUUUCGUCCUUCUGGUCGUUUGUUUGGGCAAUUACGUGCGAUAUGACCGAUUCGAUCACACCCAAAGCAUCUGAGUUCCGCCCUCCGAUUAUCUCCCCUUUCACGUGACGGCUGGUUAACUGCCCUUCGCUGUGAGGCCAUGAAUUCCCUAAGGUCCUCUCUCAAGCCGCUAACCUCCCUGGCCAAGGAAUCGGUAGCUACUGACGCUACUUGCUGUGUUGGUAAACAAACGUUGUCCCUCAGAUUUAAGAUUGUAUCCAAGGCAGCUCUCGCCUUGUCCACGGUGGGAGGAACAGCCAUAGUGCCAACUUGUGUCGCCAUAGACUGGUCAGGCAGCCCACGUAAGAACUGUUUAAACCCAAUGGCAUCUCUUGUAGCCUGGUCUGCCAUUGGGAAGCUUUUUGUAACCAAUCUCUUGAGGUCUGUAGCGUACUCAGCUGUAGUCUCUGAUUUCAAGAACGUGCGUUUGUCUAAAACAUUCUGAAAGAAUGCAGGUGUUCGAUGGUCCUUAAACCGAUUAGCCAGGGCAUCCUUGAGUUUCUCGUAGCUGUCCCUCUCAGCUUCGCUUAAUUCGCUGUACGCAAAUUCCGCAGCUGCAUCCUUCAGUGAAAAACUGAGAUAGAGGAGCUUGUCGUCAUCACUCCACUUAAAAAUUCUUGCCGAAGUCUCAAAUUGCACGAUAAACGUGUGCCAUGUAGACGUUCCACUGUACGUUGGGAUGUUGUGUGCGUGCUGUGAAGACAUUGUGCUUGCUGUCAAUCUUCCGCUCCUUGUACCUUGCAUUUAGUCAGGCUAACGAAAAUGUACGUCUCUUCGGAGUCGUUGCAAGGUUAAGUAUCCCACCGCUGCCACCAUUUGUAAGGAACCUUGCUUACACUCCGACAAACUUCAUCUCUGGUACUCAAUAAGUAAACAACUCCGGUGAUACAUUUGAUGAGUAAACUCGUGUUCUUUAUUGGCUCUGUCACUUGCUUACACUUUCAUUCAUCUCACAGCUCUGACUGCCCUCUUCCUCUACCGUCGCUGUUCUCUACCUCUGUCUGCUCUCUGUCGUUGCCUCCGUCACCAAUCUAACCGUCCCCUCUUAUAGGUCCACCAGCCAACCAAGGCGUCGCUAGAGAUUACUCCCCCUACCUUCUUAAGUCUUGAUUCAUCCGCUACGCGCCAAACACCUGGACUGAACUCUGCCGUGGGUUUUGCCCCUCAUCCCUGCCCGCUGCAUUCCUCGCCUUAAUUUAUUUGGUCAGUCUUCGACUGUGGGUUUACCCCGCUCCGCUGACCUCCAUUGUGUUCCACGUCUUAAUUUAUAUGCUACCCGCCAAACACCUGGACUGAACUCUGCCGUGGGUUUUUCCCCUCACCCUGUCCACCUGGACUGAGGCUGAACUCUCUACAAUACCCCCAUCUUACAAAACAAUGUCGUCCCGACAUUACACAAUAUUAAUACACUUUUACACACUUUAUCAACUGUUGUCAGAAUAAUCAAAAUCCAUUUCACAAAAAUGAACAGACGAUGACUCAUCAAAUGGCUUUGAUUUGAUUUGAAUGUUUGCAUUGAUGAGUGCCACAUAAAUAAAUUAAUAGAUAAUCUGGAAAGUAAAACAUUGUAAGAAAAUAAUUUUGAAUUCUGUUGAUGAGAACAGACGAGGAACGUUUAUGAGAACAGACGGGGAACACACUGGUCAAUUCUGACAAGAUUGGGAACGAAUGCUUUUUUAUAUCUUUCUGUCCAACAUUGCAUUUACAACGAGGCCAUUUACACUUUGUCUGAAUAGUGUCUAAACUAGUAACUCAAUGCAAUGCCCCUUGAUUUCAUUUGAUUUCUUUACUAUGUGAGAUGUGUCUGGGAGGUCGGAGGCGGAUUAUUUUAAUUCACAUCACAAUCACACACAAUCUGCAAACAAAACAAAUAAACUAUGACCCUGAGUGAGAAUGAAAUCACAAUCCUUUUGUGCGAUAGCUUAAUUUUUGCUCAAUCGCUUAUUACCAUUUAUUAUUAUUUAAUCUGUAAUAUGCCUGUGUAUUUGCUUCAUGCAUAAGAAUGUAACUAAUUAUGAAUAAAUCAUAGAAAUAAAUGUGUGUUUAUAAUAUGUAUGCAUGAUCCGGAUAAGCCAUCACUUACUUCCAUUUACUUACAUUCAGUCUAUCAUAAACAUUGAUGUAGAAUUAGUUUUGCCUUGACUAAAAUUUGAAAAACUACUAGUUUAUAGCAUGACUAAGGCAGUAUAGAAUGAAACAACUUCUAUCCUCAUGUCAUUUUCCUCCAGUAUUAUUUGGUGAAAAGUCAGGUUUAAUGUUGACAGUAAACUGAACUCAAUAACUUUGUCAAGACUGAUGUGAUGAUAUAAUACUUCAAUUAUUUAAAUACACGAAUCUGUAUUACUACAGGUAGCAUAAUUAACCAAUUAUUUACAGCUGAAUUGCUUCAAAUUCAUCAUUUGAGUCCAUUUCUUACAAAUUACUAUUGACCAGUUUAAAAUAACUCAAAAUUGAACAUAAAUUGGACUUAAAACAAGCUAUUUUCACUUUAAAAAUUUGCUAUUUUCAUUUAUGAAUGAUUUAAAUAUGCAAAUAAUAUGCGCUAGCAAGGGGAGGGGGAUAAUUAAUUUUGUAUUUAUGCAUACAAAACAUAUAAAAUGAUGUAAAGUUAUAAAUUAUACAUUUUUCGACUUAUUUUUUUUUCUGUACAUACAUUUCAUGCUCUUCUGCAGUUGUUAAAAAAUUUUGUGUACAGUUCUUUGAUCCCACAUGUUGGCAUGUAUGCUAUUACUAAACAUGAUAACAUUAAUAAUUAUAAGAAUAUUUAUGCCAUACAGAUAGAUGAUUUUUCUGUUAUGUCUUGUUUCAACAAUUUUGGAAAUUUAUAUUUACCUUAAGCAUCAAUGUGCCCACAUUGUUACAUCAUUGUUUCUCAAGUGGCUAGUACCGUCCCCAGAGGAUGUCGGGAGAGCCCAGGGGGGCGAUUAAAGGCUCUGGAGAUAUUAAUUAGGUGGUGCUAGAACUACCAAAGGGGGCGUUAUAAUAAAUUUUAUGAGUAAGCUUUUUUAUUGAAAUUAUUUCUUUAAAAGAAAUAGUAAAUAUAGUUUUAACUGUUGGCUUCAAUAAGCGUCGAGGAUAGACAGAGUAUAAUUUUUAUUUUUACACACAAGAAAGUAAGAAAAGUCUCUUGAUAUUAUUUCCAGACAGCUAUUAUUAAUCAAAACAUUUAUACAUAAAUAGGCAUUAUGAGCUGACACAAAGUAAUAUUUAUGGCAUAUGUGUUAGUCUAUUUUUUGACACCACUUCUUGUCACUCCUUUGUUUUGCUUUGAUAUUGACGUCACAAAUUAAAUGUGCUGUGCCACUCUUUACCUCUUUACCCACCCCUUCCUUGAUUGGGAAAAAUUUGCUUUUGUUUGAAUGCGUUCUAUUUGUUCUAAAGAAUUUUAUCAGGUGACGCGAUUUCUUUACUAGAUAGUUCUGAUUUAAUCCCUACAUAUAGGUUGGCAGCUUUCGGGGGGGGGGGGGGGGGGGGGGGGAGAUUUUUGCUGUAUUUCCUAAAAUACACAAGAUGUUACAUAAGUGCAACAUUGUACUGUGAGUAAAUUUAUACUUGUGAUUUUUCAAGGAUUAUACCUUUUCACUUGCUGUACUGUAAGGGGAUAUAGUUUUUUUUGUUUCUGUAUAUUUGAAUUUGUAUUUUUAUAGAAAUUUAAUAGUAUAAUUAAAUUGAAUAUUGUCAGUAUUGCUAGCUUUUGUAUUGUUUUUCUUUGAACACUGGUUUUCAGUCCUUUGUUAUGUUUUGUUUAUUAUACCAGCCAAAUCUUAACAUAUUUUCAAUUUUCACAACCAUGUAACUGUACAUAACAUAAAAGUUUGGAUAAUUAUAAUGAAAAAUUUAUUUUGAGAAAAGGCAGGAAGCAGUAUUAAGUGUAAUAGAGCAGUUCUUACAUGACAAGAAAAUUACAACUAACAACAUACUAUGGUACAAUUGAUGGGAACAAUAUUCAAGAUUGGCCGAAAGCGUUACUUGUUGCUUUAUGUCAAAUUUCUUUAUUAUAUUUGUGCCAUUCAAAUGGUUGCUAAAAACAUCUUGUUGAGUAUUACUGCAUUUAUUUAAAUCAGAGCACACACACUCAAUUAGUGUUAUUUCUAGCAUCUUAAGAACGAUCCAGAUUUUGCUGCUUUAGUCUGAUGCUCUUUGGCAUAAAUGCUAAUCACAUCUUGGUGCAGUCUCUAAAGACAUUACACAUAAGAUUACCUUGAUGAGAAAUAUUUUCCAAAUUUCUCUUAAUUUGAAUUAAAAGUAACUCCAUUUAAGUGUAAAAUUGAGUUAUACUAAUUUCCAAGCCUGUCUGAGCUAGUCGAGAUAGACGGCUGCAAUAAAAGAUGACUAUUGGGUGUAUAGUUAGCGACAAUUUGAAUUUUCUACAGAAGUUUGUUCAAGUGAAAUUACUGUAUCUGGUGGAAUGUGGUUUUAUUCCUGCCUUGCUCCUGACAAAUAAAUAAUAUAUAAUUAUGAACAUAGUCAACGGAGAUACUGCUCAGAGACUUAUAAGGUAGUUAUAAAAACCUUCUGCCUCUUUACCAAGCAUGUGCAUCAAUUGCAUUAAGAAUAACUGACCAUUGAAAUGUUACAUAUCUAAAAUCUUGGUAAAUAAUUAUCCUACUUUACAAUCUGAGUUUUCAUUUGAUCAAAUUAAUAUUAUUAUUGAAUGAAUGAAACUGAAAAGUUUCAUUUGUCUGUUGAUUCAAUGUUUAAAUUUAUGUACACUGUAACAUUUGUGAAAUAAUAUACCAUAGGUCAUGCACAAUUUUAUUCUUGAAUACUUUUAAUGGGAUUGGACGGGUGGAGCGCAGGGUGAAUUUAUGGUCCCAAGGCAAGGGGGCAGUGGCACUUAGUUACAUUGUAAUUUGUCAAUGAAAGUAACUUGACAAGGAAACUUAUACGUUUAAAUGCUCACAACUUUAAUAAUUACCCUGAAAGUUACAUUGUGAAAAUACUGAACAUUGUUUUAAUGCUUUGAGUUCUCUGUAGGAAUAAACCACUAUGGCACUAAAGCAAAUGAGAAAUUAUCGAGGAUCAGAUCCAGUCUAUGUGUGAUAUAUUUAGAAUAAUCAAAGGGAUAAAAUUGUGAUCAACAUUUUUAAUUGGCAUGCUUUUUUACCUUUUAAAAUUGGUCUCCAACAUUAUAUUUAUAAAAUAAUGAUGUUGAUAAAAAAAAACUCGUUAUGUAACCUUGUCACGGGAAUGAUAAAUCUGUUACAGUUAUAAUCAACUGCAUCAACUUGUAAAUAUUUUUAAUAAUAAACGUCACACUUCUUUUCUCCCAUUGCAUUUCCUGAAACAAUCCUCAGCUCCUAAUCAGAGGAUUCGAAAAUAAAUGAACAAAAUAAGCAAAACAUAUUGUAUAAAAAUUCUGUUUGUCUUUUUUAAAAAGCUAGUGUCAUUAAAACUAAAAUCAACAAGCCAGUGUACCAUUUAUUUUACACAUGAAAACUCACUGAAAGACCUUUCUAAAAAACCAGCAUAUGCAGGUAUUAACAUAGUAGACAAGGAACAGAUGUGAUGAUCCAAUCUGGUGGUAUUUGCGGGCAGAAACUAUGACCAGAGAGGGGUAGACAACUUUACUUCAUUGAUCAAUCAGUGCGUGGUGGGGGUUGGCAAAUAUCAACUUGCUCUUAGCCUCACUUCCUUAUAUUAAUUAAUUACAAGAAUUGUCGCUCUCACAGUACUCCCGGACAGACUUGUAUAUUUUCCUCUUUAUAUCUAUACUGUUAUGGAUUAGAUGAACAACCACGUACACUCUGUAGUAUGAAGUGGUGUGGGAAGUAGACAUAUGUUUAUUUACAACAUGUUGAAAUUUGUUACAACUCUACCACUUGCUCUCAUGACCGCAAGAGGGCUUUUUAUAGGUUGAUAGUAGAUUUUUUUUCUUUCAGGACAUGAAAUUUGAUGGUUGGUUAUUAAUCCACAUAACAUUGUCAUAAUAAGAGAAAGUGGCUAGUAUUUGUAACCUGGGUGUAGCUAGCUGUUGGUAUUAUGGGUGAUAUCUGUGAUGAAGUGAGAUGUAUUAUCCAAUUUUUUUUUAGUUUUACGACAGCAUUUUUCUUUAAAUAGUUCCUCAAGUGAAGGAUGUUUUAGUUUGUGUGAUAUUAUGACUUUCUUGAUCAGUCUAUUUGAUCGGUGUUUGAUGUCAGACUAUGAAUUCCCACACUGAAGUUUAGUAGGUUUCCAAUUGUUGCCCUUUAGAAUAAGUUAACAACUUGUUUGUUUACGCCGAAAAUGUACACUUUUUUAAGAUGGAAAAGUCUUUGGUUGACUUUUUUAUACAGAAUUUGGCGUUGUUCAUGCUAUGUCAGUUUAAUAUUAAUGGUGACCCCUAGGUACUUAUAAGUCGCUAAUUGCUCUAUACUGGUUUUUUUUUUUUAUUGCAAGAUCUGCAAUUUGGUUCCCCUCUCGAAAUAGACAACCAUUUUCAUCACACCAACUGAUAAAACUUGUAACUCAGUUUGGGUACAAGCUUUCCUCUUCAGAUAUUAAGCCAACGAUGGUGUUAACAUCAGCACAUUUAAUCAUGGUAACCGUGUUGCUUCUGUUCUGGAAAUCAUUGGUAUAUAUUGUAUGCAGGACAGGGAGGGAACUCAACCUUGGGGCACUCAAGUGCUUAUUUCUCAAGUUAAUUAUUAUUACAUCAAGAAAUGGCGUCAGCAGGGCGAGUUUGCACUCUUUAUGCCCCCUCCCCCUCCCCAAUCACCCCUCCCCGGCCCGACGCAUCGGGCCGUGGAGCGGCAUGUCGGGGAUGCCGACUCGUCAGGACGGCCCCUCACCUAAGUCCCCCACCCGGGCACCUGGGCGCUCGACCAGGGCCCCACCUGGGGGCCGCCCCAACCAGCAGGCACCCGGUCGGUCCGACACUAUGCGUUUAAAUAGUGCAAACAAUCGACUUUCUUAUGGAGUUGGGAUGGAAAAUUUACGUCCUAAUAUCUUCCCCCACCCAUCUCGGGAAAGCAUCGGACGCCCUAUAAGAGGGAUUCCACAGUGGAUUUCCACAACGCAAUUAGCUUGCGCUGUAGCUGCGACGAAACGGUUGCCUAGGGACAGCUUUCUCAAGGCUGCAUUGUUUGAAUCCUCGGCCAGAGGUUACCACCUUGCCUCUGGCCUCAUACCCGUCACCGGCAACUUGUAAUCAUGAUCCCUACCCUGGCUCUGCCUAAUUUUCCGGCUGUGAAGUAUCACAACUGGCAGCCCUGUGGGAGCUGUUUUAUGUACGGCAGGUACCGAGCACACCCUUUGUCAGCCCAUGCGAGGCGUGCCCAGUAAUUCUGUUUCCCGGCACACGCUGAGGGGGGUUGGUGGCCGACACUUCCUAAUCGACAAGCCACAACAGACUUGGAAACCGGGAACAUUUCUCAAGUUAAUGAAUUUGGUCAUUCACCUUGACACAUUGUAGGCGAUGUGUUUAAAAGUUCAGUAUCCAUGCUUGAAAAUUGAAUUUACACCUAACAAAUAAAGCUUUUUAAUCAUAAGAUGUGGUUAGAUGGUCUUAAAUGCUGAUAAGUCUAGGAAAAGCACCCAAGCAUAUUUUUUAGUGCUGUCUAGGUGAUGGUAAAGUCUUUCCAAUAAUAGUAAGAUGACAUCCUCUGUAUUUCUGGCAGAUUUAUAAGCAAAUUGGUGGGGGUCAAGUUUUUGCUGUACUUCAUUUAAAAUUUGUCUUUCUGUAAAAUAUGCAACAGGACACAAGUCAAUAUUGCACUUUAUUUUUCUUUGGAAAAGGUAUAAUUUCUGAAAAUUUCCAUAUCUUUGGUGUGGUAUGAGAUUUAUAAAAUUUAUGAAAUAUUUAACAAAAAGUUUGUUCCAUCUUAUCUUGACAUUUCCAUAAAAGGCCUUAAAACACAAACUCAAAUGUUUGAAAAGACCUUUAUACUGAGAUUUUUAUUACUGUCAUAACAUCCCAUCCCCGCCCCUACUAAUUUACCAUAAAGGCAAUUGUUUUGUUGUUUAUUUGUUUGCACUGGAUGUGUUAGAUUUCAUGGCCUAUAGCAUUGAAUUGAAAAUGGAUAUUAUUUUCUGAAUGAAAAUUUUGUAAUAUUUCGGGGUACCUCUGUGAUAAGGCCACAAUUCCCCAGGGUGCUGCAAUGUUAACUUUGGGAACCACUGAUGUAAUGUGUUUUGGGAACUACUAAACCAACAGCUGGUAAACAAAUAAAUUUUUCUAAAUUAUUUGAUAAUUUGUUUGGAUUCUCAGAUCGCUGGUAAACACUUGUUCAUUUGAAAAUACAGAUUAAUAAUUUUUGACGAAAUUCUUCUUAGAUCUGUUGCAAUGCACAAACGAGCCCAACGUAUCCAUCCCACAAAUGGCAGAUUUACUUAUAGAGAGGACACAGCACCAGAGUUGGGUGGUGGUGUUCAAGGCUCUUGUGUCUAUACACAAUCUCAUGAACUAUGGAAAUGAGGUGAGUUAUUUCUCUCUUCACCCACUUCUCUCUAUUUCUUUUAGGGAUAUACAGGUUUUCUGGUAACCCUCUAAAGGCCACGGAAUGUAGUAGUUGGUUUGUGUUGCUUUCUAGACUUUUCUGUAAAGUAGAAGAAGUUAACUUUUCCAAGGAAUCUGCUUCUAAUCCAUGAUUUUUAUAAAGUCUGGUUGUAGAACUCUUGGCUCCUCUUUUAUUGCUGAGCAGUGUUUUCAAAAAGAGAAGAAAAAAAACUUAAAUCUUUUUGCAAUGACUGAAAAUGCAACAAACACUGGUUAUUAAGCAUGGAUGUUUGAGUAUCAUCUGCUUGUUUUAUAAAAAAGUAUAAUGUCUUCAUCUCACCUAAUCAUCUAUAGACUAAUGCCUAUGUUUCAUCUGAAAUCUGGUCCCAUAUCUCUGCAAUUGGCAAUAAUCAUAUCUCUCCCUAAAUAUCAAGUAUUCUUCUCUUCUCUAAAAAUAAAACUAACCGCUCCUCAUGCCAUAGCUGACAGCAGUAAUUACAACCUCAAGGAAUCAGAGGGGUAUUAUAAGAUUUCGAUAAAAUGGAUGAAUCAGUGUAGCAAAAAAUCUGAUGCUUUAUACAUUCCUCAUGCUUGGGUGAGGCACCUAAAUUUGAUAACGCAUAAUCUACUGUAUUUGUCAGCAUAUAGGAUAUAAAAAUUUCAAGUAAUAAUUUUUAUUAUCUGUGCAUUAGACACACCCCAUAUUUUAGGUGGAUUUUGAGAGAGGGGGAGUGCAUCUUAUAUGCUGGCGAAUACGGUAAUUAUAAUAAUUUGCUUGGAUGUUACUCCUCAUCAACUCAGCUGACAUUUUUAAUAGUUUUAUAAUGUGCUCAAGAAUUUUACUGAUUAGUUUUUGUGUUGCAGAUGUAAUGUUUCAAACCACUAGUCUAGUGUAAUAAGGUUUAACUAUCAUAGAUUCUCCUAUAUUUGAGUUAUAGUCUCAUGAUUGCAAUUUGCUUUGUGUCAAAUUAUUUCUAUCUUUGAGCAUUUCUUAAUGUCACAUUAAAUAUGCAAUUUGGUUGUUUCUCAGAUCCAUCAUUUCCGUCUUAAGUCAGUUGUUGAUUUUUCUUUAAGACUCUUGACAAAUAAGAAAAGUUUAUGAAACAAGAAACAUAUCAUUAAAUAUGUUAUUAAUAAUAAUAAUAAACUUUAUUUGAAAAUCACGCUUCAUCCCCAAAGGCUCAAGCGCUGAUACAAAGUCAACCAUAUUAAAAGAGAAAUGAAAAAAAUGUUGUUUUUUUAAAAUCAAAAACUUGUCAUUGGUUAUAGAAUCUGUAUUGACCAUAUUGUGCCCUAUUUAACUAACUUCCAUGUAACAUUUUGAUAUUUAAUUGAUUAACCCAUUCCAGAAUAUAUAAAGAAUUUUAGAGUUGCAUCCUGGAAAAAAUAAAAGAAGAAAGGGGGUGGGGGGUGGUGGCACUGUCUUUAUACCAACUCUUCUGAUUUAAAAAAAGUCCAGUUCAUCGUCCUUUAUUUUAAAAAAAAGUAAAAUGUAUUUGUAUAUAUAUUUUCUCUUUCCAUUCUUGGUUAAUGUCAGAGGUUUACACAAUACUUAGCAUCCAACAACUGCUCAUUCAAUCUUAGUGGCUUUGUGGAUAAAGGGGGAGUUCAAGGUGAGAAAACAAUUAUCAAUAAUAAUUAAUACUUAUCAAGUGUCAUGUAUAUUGUAAAAAUUCUUCUGUAUUGAACUAUUUUUCAAGGUGUAAAAAUAAAAUAACUAGUGAGCAACUGAUUUUUUGGUAAUUGUAAGCAUCUAAAAGUAAUUACUUUUUAUGAAUUUAAAAUAUUUAAAAAUAAUUAAGUGUUUAUAAGAAAAGCAAUGUUGUUUACCUUUUUGAAAAAAAAAAAAAAAAAGAAAAUUGAUUUAAUUUACAUAAGAAAACAUGUUAAGAAUGGAUGAUUUUUUGGUAAUUGUAAGAAUCUAAAAGUAAUUACUUUUUAUGAAUUUAAAAUAUUUAAAAAUAAUUAAGUGUUUAUAAGAAAAGCAAUGUUGUUUACCUUUUUGAAAAAAAAAAAAAAAAGAAAAUUGAUUUAAUUUACAUAAGAAAACAUGUUAAGAAUGGGAGGAAAAUGAGUUUAAGUAAAUGUUUGACAUUAUUAGGUGAACUAUAUAUCAUGUUACUAGCUCAGUGAAACAAGUGCUCUUCAUUAGGCUCCAAUUUUUAUUUAUCAAUUUUGUCCACAUGGAUCAAUAAUUAAUUAUAUCCUCACCAACAGGUUAUGACAUGUCAACAUACAUUCGACGUUAUGCCAAGUAUCUCAAUGAAAAGGCAAUUUCUUACAGACUUAUGGCAUUUGACUUCUGCAAAGUGAAAAGAGGGUAAGGACAACUUAAAGCAGGGCUUCCCAAGGCAUUUCAGAGGCUGUGAGGAAAGGGGUUUUAAAAACAGAUGAGACAAUUUAGCUUUUAAAUUGUGAUAUAUAUAUAUAUAUUAUAUGUUUUAUAUAUUUUUCAACAUUUCUUCACAUUUUCCCUUAGUUAAUUUUUUAAGUUCUAAAGUUCCUUUUGCAAUUCAAUAAAUAAUAAGCCCCUUGUUUUCAAAUGCUUUGUUACUUUUGUAGGGAGUACAAGGCUAGUUAAAUAAUUUGUAAGGGUAGCAGAGUCCAUAAAAGGUUGGGAAACGCUGACUUAAAGCCUCAAGUUGAGCUUGUUUAUACAUAUAUAGAGAUCUUUUUGGUACAUACACUGGAUAAGUUUAGAUACCUAGGAUGACUAAACAUAGUCUCUUGAACAGGUGGUCCAGAUUCUUUAUCAAGUUUUUAUAUUUUUGUUUUUUGGAUAUCUAAUCUAUUAUAGAUAGGUUAUUUAUAAGCAUGUGAUUUUGGAUAGCAGAAGAGUUCAGCCUUGAAUUGGGUAUUUAUCAUGUUUAAUCUGUUUUUGUGUGUGUGCAAGAACAGGUUGUCAAUAAAAAUAGUGUCACCAUUCUUAGCUAUGUUCAUUCUUGCUUUAAUCCCCUCACCCCCCCAAUAAUAAGGCCAUCUUCAUCAAAUUCGCUUCCAGCUUUGCUCCAGAUACACACUCUAUAAGUGAACAAAAAUAAUCAACAAAGCAUUCAAUUUUAUUGAAAUAUGCAUGAUCCAGACUGGUUAAUCUGUUCUUUUCCAAAUAUUUGACUGUAGCUUCGAGCAGUAAUUAGUUUUAUAGAAAUUUAACAGCCAGAUUUGUAAAGCUUACUCCCAUUUAGCUAAUAAUUUAUGCUGUGUUUGUAAACAUAAGAGAUAUUAUGUUAUACAAUUAUAUUUUCUUUUAGCUAUCAUUUGAAUGAACACAGAAUGUCAGAGCAACCAAACUUGUGAAGAUCUAAGCCAUAUGGCAUUUAUCAUAAUGGUGUUAAUAUGGUUAAUAACAACAUGACAUGAACAAAUAGUUUUCAUUCAUUUUAUAAUGUAUACAGCUAAAUAGUCCUUCUUUUUCAUUUGUUUAGAAAAGAUGAUGGUUUACUUCGAACAAUGAACACUGACAAGGUAACUAAUUCAGUUAAAUGUAGCUUCCCACAACCUACUUUAAAAAAUAAGACUUGAGAUAAAUUUAAUGCUAUUUUUUUAAUCAUUAUAGAACCAAAAAUGUAAUUGGUUAUUUUUGUUGCCAGUGUUUAUUUUAAUUAAUGAGUAUCUGUUAUUUGCAUUCACUAAAAUUAUAUUCUCCCAUUUUAAAAAACAACGAUAGGACACUGUUAUUUAGUGUUGACAGAGUCUUACUCCUAAAGGUUUUUGGUGACAGCUGAUAUAAGUUUCUGUGAUUUAGGGAAAUAGCCACUCAAGCCAGGCUCUCGAGUGGCUAAUAAGUUCCCCCCUGCAAAAUCUUUAUUGGGACAGAUUAAAAAGAGAAAAAAAAGCUCAAUAAGUUAUUAUAAUAAAUGGCAUGAGUGUGAGACAAUUUCGAUUUGUUAAGGAGUGUAUGAUGUGUCUGCUAUUAGUCUCCAAGACCGACUGAUAUAAUUUCAAAGCCAAAUAACUCUCCAAAUCAAAUCAAUUUUGCAUACAAGAAAUAUUCUGUACUAUCCUUCUAUAUAUCAUGCAUUGCACUGUAUUGUCUGCAACAUACUUGAGGCUGAAAUACCUGCUCAUUUCUUUUCAUAGCUUUUGAAAACAUUGCCAAUACUACAACAACAGUUAGAUGCAUUGCUUGAAUUUGAUGUAAGUAAAAAAGAAGUCUUUUUUUUUUCUUUUCCCAAAAAAUGUUACUUUUGAUUUGGUAAAAACAAUUUUCAAACUGAAAAUUAGUUUAAGAGUAAGGAAAUUUAUUGUUUUAUUUUAUUUUUACUUGAAUAAUCUGCCUACUUGACAAUGAAGACCUAUAUUAAUACAAGUCAGCACUAAAGUCUUAUGUGAUAUUCCUUUAAGCUGAAAGGGGGGAGGGGAGGGGGUUGUGAGACAAUGUUUUGAUUAAUUGUUUUAUUUUUUAUUCAGUGUACACCAAAUGAGCUAACCAAUGGAGUGAUAACAGCCUGUUUCAUGCUAUUGUUUAAAGACCUUAUUAGACUUUUUGCUUGCUACAAUGAUGGUGUCAUAAAUUUAUUAGGUCAGUUACAACAAAAUCUUAAGAUACCAGUUAGGAACUGUUGUGACCUUUAUUUGAUAUUUAGGGGGAAAAAAAAGAUUAAAUUAAUCAACAUAAGCCAUAAUAUAUAUGUUCAUAAUGAAAGUAACUGGUGUGUAAUAAAGAUAAAGUUAGAUUUUAAAAAAAAUUGGUUGACAAAAUUCAAAACUGUUGUUGUAAUUGUCAAACUUAAAUUAGAUUUUUUAACAAAAAUGAAUUCUUUCACUGCUUUUCCAACAGAAAAAUACUUUGAUAUGAACAAAAAACAGUGUAAAGAUGCUUUGGACUUGUAUAAAAAGUUUUUAGUACGGAUGGACAAAGUCUCUGAGUUUUUAAAAGUUGCAGAGGUAAGAGGCUGAAUGCUAGUCAUAAACUAUUUAAUAAUAAUUUUGUUACUUUUUCAAAUUUAUUAUGUUUUGAGAUUUUUAUUUUUUGCGAAUACACUUGAAAGCAUUCUCCUUUAAAGUUGUGAUCUACAACUGCAAGUGGCAGUUAAAUAACAAAUUUUAUUCCAAUGUUUUUGUUUUUUUUAAAUUCUUGUUCAUGAAUUCCAGAGUGAUUAAAUUUUUAAAAAUUAUAAAUCAAUUUGGCUCCCUUUAUUUUUGACUUCUAUCAUUAAAAUGUUAACUGUAACUGUUAAUUGCAACUGUAAUUUUGUAUAUUAAUUAAUUUUUCAUCAUUGUUCAUAGAAAUUUAAUAAAACUAAUCUUAUGUUAAAAAAUAUUACUGUUCAAUAAAACAUUUUGGAUUUGCUUUUGCUGAAUUUUUUAAAAACCAUUUUACAAAAUUUUCUCCCUUUAGAAUAUGGGUAUAGACAAAGGUGAUAUUCCAGAUUUAGCCAAGGUAAGCAUCUUACACAUUUCAUAUGUUUCAAGAUUAUUGUAUUUUGUUGUGACUCUUGUUCUAUUGUUGCUGUAGGCUGUCGCUAUAACUGAGGGUCUGCCAUCAACAUAAUUUGUUAAAAAUAUAUUUUGCUCUGAUCUGAUCUAACCUAAAAAAAAAUAUUGGCACCUGGUCUCAAGAUUCAAGUACAAGUUUCUGCUAUUUCAUAGAUUGAAUUCAUUUUUUGUUAUAUUCCUUUAUAACAUAACGAAGAAAAAAUUUUCCUGUAAAAAUAUAAGUAAGAAAAUGUUUUGAAAAAAAUCUUUCACAACUGAAAUAAUGAUAAUAAUACUGGAGUUAAAUCAGUGACUGAGGUAUUCCAUUUAUGCAUUUCAGUGCUUUUCUAGUUGUUCACAAAACUAAGUGCUUGCCAUACCAAUCUAAGAUGGUCGUUUCUACUGUUUCAGAGCUUUCAAUAUCAUUUAGUGCUUGAAAUGCUUGCAGUAUUGUCAUUUCUUUAUUAUAAGUCUACUCCUAGUUCUGGUCUCACGAUAUCCUCAUCUAAAUUGAAUUACAUGUUUUGUACACACAAAAAAAGCAUUGAUUCUCAAGAUAUUUUAGUCAAAAAAGUUAAAUGCAUGCCAUAGCUCUAUAACAAAACAGAUUGUCAACAUUUUCUUACUGUCAUUUAAACCUGUAAGUUCUUUUGAUGAAGACUUUGGUUUAAAUGGAGAGUGCUCAUACUCAUUUAUCUUGUUGUAGGGUGAAGUUGGAAAUGUUGAAUCUAAAAUUCACAAGGUUUGUUACGACACUGCCAGUAAGGCAACCUGUUGUGAAAUUCCCAGACCCUAUGAAACAUCCAGUUUUAUAAUCUACCACAUCUGCCCACCCCCUACCAUUCAUUCAGAGGAUAGCUAACAUGUUAAUGGUGCAAAAUAAAAUGCUGUCUUAUUUUUCUUUGUGUAACUAAUAGCUUUUAGAUUUGUUAAAUUCAGUCCUUGAUAAAUCAAGUAGAUUUAUAAAUUCCAGUUUUAACCACCAGGUGUUGGUUUUUUCAUCAGGUUUUUUUCUUUCUUUUUAAUCCAUCUCUGGUCUUCAGGUAAACAACAUUCAAAUGUGCUAUACAAUUUUCUCCCUAAAAUAUAUUUUGAGCGUAGUUUGAAUGACUACUUGCAGUUUCUUAUUAAGGAACCUCUUUUGGGGGUUAAAGAAAAUAUGCCAAAAAUUUAAAUUUUAAAUCUACUUGACAUUUUACAAUUGUUUUUUUUUUUUUCAAUAUUUUUGUUGCACCUUGUAUGUAAGUCAUUUUGAAAUUAUUUUUUUUUGUCUUUUGUUUUCAAGAGAGGUUCUGCUUUGUUUUCUUAUGAUAAUUGUCAUAUUUUUUUUAUUUUGCUUUUGUUGUUUUUUAAAUUCAGGGUAUGAAAGAAAAAUCUUCAUCUGUAAGUGUAUUUUGCAUAAUCAGACAAUUUCUAUGCAUUAAGUCCUCAUUUUAACUGCAUAUUUCUUAUAGUAAUCAGCAUCCUGUAUCUAGCAAAAGUGAUUUUUUUUUAAAACCCAGGACAUAAAAAAUAAUCCUGUUUGGCAGUUAGUAAAUUUGUACCUAAAGCUUGGAACAUUUUAACCAAAAGAUUGAACUGUAUGCUUCACUUCAUGAGUGGUUGUCAUCUGCAAAGUAGCACCUCUCUUGUACUCUAUUUCCUUAAAAUUUCCUGAUAAUCUCUUUGUUUGCUAUUAUUUAUUUGAUUUUCUCUUUGCUUCUACUCCAUUUUACUUUUUAGCAUAACUUAAAGCAUUUCUUUUUACUCAUAACUUAAAGGGUUGCAAUUUUAUAUGCAAUAUAUGUCUAAUUUCUUGUGCGUUUUGUUGACAAUUUUCAUAUAAAAAGACAAAAUCUAUGCAUAUCCUGAUAAUGCUAAUCCCACAGAACUUGUUAAAAGUUUUGCAAGUAGUUCUCAACAGGUACAGCAUGCUGUACAACAAUUAUACGUUGAAUAAAAUAUGUCACAUUCAUAUUGGAUUUAAAUACCUUAUUUUGUUGCAUAAUUUCUUAUAAGUGACACACUUGUGUCCAUCAUUUUGUCUUGGCCAUGUAAUUCUAAGUUUCUGUAAGUUAUAAUACAUAAAGCAGGGAAACUUAAAUCAGCUUACCUCAAUAUUCUAUUAAUCAAUAAAAUUUUCAUAUAAUAGGAUCUGACUUAAAAUUUAAAGAUUUUAUUUGGAACCAAUAUUAAAUUGCAACUUAUUUGGAAUGGAAAAAAACACACUUGAUGCCAUCAAAAGUAAUCAAAUGCUAUUUUUGUGAUUAGUCAAAGGAUUUUUCAUAAUUCAGUUUAAAGGAGAAAAUCUGCCUAUUAUAAUCAUUACCUUUGCCAAUAUGCUAAUUUUGGAUAAAAUAACUCCCAUCAAUUUAAUUUCUAGUAUUGACAUUCAAAUUGAAAUUUUAUAUCAGUAAGUUUUGUUCUUUCACUCUUUGAUCACAGAUAUUUCUGUUAAAGUUGCCAACCCCUAAGUGGAAAAGAAAGCUAAGAUCAUUUGAUAGAGAUCUAGAGCCAUUGACAUUCUAAUUUGUUUUGUUUUUCUAAAUUAAUGUAUAAAUAAAUUUAUCAAGGAUGCUCUUUAGAGUUGGGAUUCUAGAAAAAAUAAUAUCUUUUAAAAAGUUUAAAAUAAUCCUUUAAAGCAAUACUUCUCUGACGGUUAACUUAAAAUUGUAAUUUAAAUUACUUACUGAAUUUAGAGAAAUAAAAUAGAAAAUUUCAGGAAAUUUAUAAGAUUUUGUCUUUCUAUUUCAGGCUCCUGCUAGUUUGUUGGAUGCAUUAGAGCAGCACUUGGCUUCACUAGAAGGGAAAAAGGGAGUCGCAACCACCCCGACCAGUACCAGCAAGUAAUACAUUUUUUAAUACAGUAAAAUGUUUAUAUAGUUCCAGACCUGUUUACUCUUACGAUUUUGGCGUACAAUGCACAAUUUUGAGGUGUAUAGAUUAUAUAUUUAUGCUUAUUUUUUACUAUUAAGAUAAUGUAUUGAACGAUUUUGAGAUGAUGUACAAUUUUAAGAUUUUGAGGGUAAACAGGUCUGUAGUUCUCAUAUUUUUUAAACCAUAUACUUGGGCAGUUCUCACAUUUUACGAAACUAUACACUUUGAUGACUAAAAGUAAAACUGAGUGAUGGCAGUCCAAAUCUGCUGUUGAUUACCUAAGCUAUAACAAGCCGCCGACCCAUGCAUACGUCGCAGAAUUGCUCGCUGGCUCAGAGCUUGUUGGGGUAUUGGCGAGAGCAAUGCGUGAACUUCCCAUCUACUAAAGUUACUUGACAAAAACGUGAACUCAAGUUACACACAUUUAAGAAUGGCAAUUUUGCUGCCCCCCCCCCCCAUGAUAUGUCACUGCACACUUUUUAUUUCACGCCCUAUAGAUAUAACCUGCCCUAGGCUUAGCAUACGCCGCGAGCGUGUUGGGGUGUGCGCAUGGCUGGCAAGCGAGGGUGGUGCAGGAGGCGGGGGCGGUAGCUCCACCGCAGUGCGCAUGUCUCGAGACCAACGAUGGGCAGGGAAGGGAGGGGAGGGUUUGCCUGUGUCUUGCUUGCUGUGGCAUAUCUAUAUAUAGCCUGCGUCUUCUUGCUUGCCCCAUUUUCGGGCGAAUUAUAUAUAUAAAUGUUAAAAUCUGAAUGGGAAAAAAAGCAAUUUCAUUUAUAUGUCUGUCCAUAUUAUUUUCACUACACAUUAUACACAUUAAAAAAAAUCUUCUGUCACAUCAUUUUUGUAAGAAAGGAGAACUGUUCAAUAUUUUGUUUCGUGCUUUUUUCUUAUUUGAGAUAGUGCUUGGUUGAAACUGGUAAGAGCUAUUUUUUUUAAGAUCAUUUAAACUGGAAUAAGAAUAAAUCAACUAUUUUCUUAUGAAAUUUUUUUAUUUUGCAACUGCAACUGAAUCUCACAAAGUAAACCAACUGAGCUAUUUUCUUCUGUUUUGCCUUGGCAGACCAGUGGGCUUUGCAUCAGCACUGAACACAAUGACUAGCAACACAUUCAAUGUCUCUGAAGCAGAGAGAAAACGUAUUUUGGAAGAGGAGAAUCAACAGUUACAAAAAUUGAAGGUUAGACACCAUGGUCACCCUUAAUAUUUGGUAGUUUAUUUUGGUGGUUUAAGUGAUAUAUUUUGCUGCUAAUAGGUUUCAAUGAUCUUUUUUUUUUUGAACAAACUUUUAAAUACAUAUUUUUUAUUUUAUAUUUUCUUAUUAAUGUGCUCAUUUAUAUAUUUUGUAUGUUGGUGAUGGUGCUUCAGUGUCAUUGUUGUUUUGUCUGAUUUUCUUUCUGCCACUUAAUUUAAUUAGAUGUCCCAAGGGUACUGAAUGAAUUAAUGAAAAAAUGAUAAUAAAAUAAUACAAAAUAGUUAGGGAUGAAGUAGAUAAGUGUUAUGUAAGAAUUCUAAGCUAACAUAAUAAUUUUGUUUUGUAUGAAGUGAAGGUUUCCAUUCUAUUAAAUUACCAGUUGAAAAAUUUUGCUUAUUCAAAACAAGGGUUAAGUAGCAGCUCCAAUCACAAAAUGGUAAAUCUGAUACAAAAGAUAAAUCAAUGGUCUUUAAAUUUGACAUUUGUCAACAAAUUGAUUGAUUAUUUAAAUUUUUGUGAUUCAUUUGACAGUGAUUACCUGUUACCAUCUCAAAGGAGGCCAUGUCUUUGUAAUUUUAUUUUAAAAAUUGGUAUUAAAAAAUGUUUUUGGAAUACUCAGGUAAAAUAGUUUCUUGAAAAUGAAAAUCUUUAAAUACUAAAUGACCUUGAUUAUAGAAUUGUAAAAAAACAAAUGUCCCAGAUUAUAACAUUGAGUAUAAAUUAGUAAAAAAAAUAUGUCAAAAUAUAAGUUUGAAUAUAAAUUAGUAAAACAGUCUCAGAGUACUUCAUGAAUUGUAAAAUAGUUGAACAAACAACUUAGAAAACUAAAACACCUUGAGUGACGAAUAUUUUUAAAAAAAAGUAUUUUGGAAUUCUGAUAGAAUUUUAAACAAACGUCUCAGAUCACUUAGUCUAUUUCAAUUUAAAGGAAUAAAAAGAGCUGCUGAGCAGAUUCUCAAAUCCUAAUUGUAAAAAAUACACAUCACAGCUGCUCACAAUCUUUUUACAGUGAAUUUUUGGCAAAUUGAAAGUAAGAGUUGUUUACUUAAAGAAAGCAAAGAUGAUGUUUAUUCUUCAAAGGUCCCCCUGCAAUAUUGAAAUAGUUAAUUAUUGCUAAAUUAUAGAAUUGUUCACAAUCAAGUCUAAGCUAAGUUUUUAAAAGAUUUAAUUCUAGCUAUAAUAAUGCUUUAAAAUUUCUUUUUUGAAUAUCUAUUUAAAAUUCAAGUAUUAUUGGGAUAUUGCUUUUUUUUUUUUUAAAUUAAAAAAAUAUAUUUUGUUGACAUCUUUUUUUUAAAAAAAAAGCGUGAAGAUUGGAUCCUGAUGACUAUGUAAUAAAUAUUAAUAUUUCAGCAUAAUGUGAAUUCUAUUGUUUGAGAUGUUGAAUUAAAGAAAAGAACUAAAUGAAUUGCGAUUCAAUGUGCUUCUAGUCAUUCACAACUGUACUUGCACAUUUUAUAUAACAUGUAAUGUUUUCAUAGAUCCUGCCAACCUUUCGAUAUCUGGUAGGGAUGGCCAAAUUGUCCUAUUGUUAAGAGGAAGUUCAUCUAGUGCUUGUUCACAUUGCAGAAUUAGUGUCACACUUAGGUCUUCUUUUGUUAUACUGAACAGUUUAAUAAUUUAUUUUAAAAAACUACUUGAGAUUAUUUUGAAAUGUUACUUUGGCGUGUGUGUUACAAGUACAAAAUGCUGUUUGUUUCAGGUAGUUCUGCAACUUAAACCAAACCAGGCAUGUCAUAUUUUUAAAAACUUUUACAGGCUUGAAGUUGUUUUGCCACAUUUAAAACAUUCUUGUUCCUCAGAUCAAAGUUGAAUUUUAAUAUUGCUGUAAAAAAAACUUGUUCAAUCACACUUGUUGUAUUUGAAAUAACUACAAGUUAAUUUAACUAGACAACUGGUAAAUUCUGGGUGUGUAUAUCCAAACUGUUUUAUUGGCCAGGCUGGAGAGGAACCUCAACCAAUAGUUGAGGCUGAAGGCGGAGACACUGACAAUAUCUUUGUGAGUAAUUUCUACCCAUUUAAGCAAAAAAAGUCAAUUUACAUCCACUCCUUGGCAGAGAUGAUCCCAAACACCCCACCUUUAUCCGUCCAGUUGUUUGUCUCAUUUGUUCAACAAGCUAAACCAUAUUCAUGAAAUUAAUUGAACAGUAUGGCCAAUAACAAUUCAUUAAAAUGAUAAUAUAGAAUUCAUUAUGUCAUUUCGAUUGAUUCCCUAAUAACUGGAUUAUGAUAAUUUUUAAAAUUCUGACAAAAGAGUGCAAGUUUGUGUCAGAAAAUGUAAAUGCUCUUCAGUAGUUAAAAAAAUACUUUUUUUAAUUACCCACACCAUUUUAGAAAAGUUGAAAAUAAGAUUUAGCAUUGUUUAAUUGAAAUUCACUGACAAGACUCCCCUGACGUUUAUGUACAGAUCAUCUCUGUAUUAGACUAGUGUUGCCAUGGAGUUGUCACCUGUAAUUGUUAGAUAGCUCAAUGUCUCAUCGAUAGGUUGGUAGGCAUGAUCUUUUACUAUUUAUUUACAUGGAAAUUAUAGUCCAAUUAAACAAAUUGUGUAUACAUAGAUUUUGUCUUGUGGAAAGCAUGGUUUUUAGCUUUAAAAUUUCACUUAAAUGAAAAAACAACAUCCUCAUCCUACAUGAAUUAAAUGUAAAUAAAUGGAAUAAGAUUAAAUGCUAAUGUUAUUUUAAGACUUCUUUGGAUACAUACCCCACCAGUUGUUUGUGUUGGAUUUAACGUGAUCAUUUUGUACGUGAUUAUUAUUUUAUUAAAUAUAUUUUAACUCUCUUAAUUAUACAUUUGUAUAAAUAUUGUUCAUUAAUUGUUUAAGCUCGCCAUUAUUUAUUGAAAUAUAAAUGGAGUAUCUAGUGUAUUUGGAUUUUGUAAUAGUCCAUAGUUUGUACCUUAAAUCUGUUUUUCAAUCUAAGAAAGAUUAUUUAAAAUUUACUCAUUGGGAACUAAAAUACAUUCUUCACUAAUAAAACAAAAUAAUUUUUUUUUUAAUGCUAGCUUUUUGGUGUAAUUAUUUAUUCAAUAUUAUAAUAUUCCAUCAUGAAAUAAAGUAAAAACUUUAAUGUCUUAAACAUUUAGUUUAUUGUUACCUUGUUGAUGUGAAUUACAUUAUAGUUUUCUUGUCUCCGUUAAAUUUGUACAUUCUUUUUUAUUUUCCUGCUCCCUCUAAACUUAGCAGUUAUUGCUGUUAAUAAAAUUUAAAAUGUAUUAUGUGUAGUGUGUUUAGUAUAAGCUCGUUUAGCCAAAGGUAAGAUUUUAAGAUAUUUAAAAAGCAAAUAAAACAGCCCCCAUUGUUUGAUAUCUAUGAACUUGAAAAUCUUGACUACCCUUUCCGAUUUGAGACUAUUUUUUGGGAGCUGGUAUUAAAUGGAAGCAGGCAUUCAUAACACAUAUAAAAAGUUAAUAUAGUUUUUCAUUAUAUUGUUAAAGUAAAAAUUACGAUAAUGAAUAUCUUUUUAGUGUGUAAGAAUGUUUCUAUUUAAUUAUCUUUCAAAAAUUAACCCAAAUAUUUUUAGUGUACAAAUAUAUCGCCACCACUCGUGAAAUGACAAAAGGUUUCUUAUCACUUUUUAAUCAAAAGAAUGGUGAAAAAAAUGAUGUCUUAAAUAAUUGGUAAAUGAACUACUGUAGUUAUUGUUCUUCUCGAGUCAAAAUGAGAAACAAUUAAACUUCUUUUUGAUUUCAAGGCUCUGUAGUUUCACAUUUUUUUUUCCAUUCCUAAAUAUAUGAGGCUAAGUCUUUCCUCUGUUGUUGCAAAAAAAAAAAAGAAACAAGCAAAUGUGGAUUGCAUGCUAUUUACUUAUGUAUCUUUUUUUUCCUGUUUGGGGCACUCUUAAGGAUUUUAAGUAUUCUAUCUUGCAAGUCCGUUUAUUAAUUUUGUGUCUUCCUCUAAGUUCUUUCUUAUGGAUUUAUCAGGUGAAAUCCAUGGAACAGAAGAUUAUUCCCCCCAACCUUUUCUGUUUAUAAAAUUGUUAAAACUUAUAUCUUCCAAGUUACUUAGUAAAAUUUGUUUACAUUAGUUUGUAGAACUUCAAGUUGGUCAUAAAGUGAAUUGAAGUAAAAGAGCUCUAGUAAUUUAUUGGUUAUUCCCAUUUUGGUUAAAUAACAACUUAACAUUUUUUUUUUAAAUUCAAAAAGUAAUUGUUGACCUUAAGGUAGACUAUGUGUUAAAUAAUUAAGUUCAUAAGAUUUUUUUUUUGUUUGGUAUUUUUCAUUAUUUAAAAACCAAUUCUGAUAAAAACAUAAAAUUUCUGUUUUCACCCCAUCCAUACACACACACAUCCAAAACUCAUUUUUAUCUUUUAAAAAAUCUCUAUUUUCCUCUCAAUGUUUCAGGAGCAAAAGUUAAAAGAAGCGUCAUCGCCACAACAGAAAGCUCCAACUACUACCAACAACCCCUUUUCCUCACCAGCAAACUCAGCUCAGAGUGCCAAUCUUUUUGGCUCACCCACAGAGCCAGUGGCUCAUUCAAAUGUUAGCUCAACCAAACCCAGUGAUGACCUGCUCAGUUUGGCAGGUAAUCCUUUCAUGGACAAUGUCCAGAAUGUGAUGGCCACAGCUUAUCCUCAAACAAGCAAUCCGUUUGGUUCACCUGGCUUCCAGACCAAUGGUAAAUAAUAAACAACGAACCUCUCAUUAAUUGCAAAAUUUGUCUUACACAGGCAAAACAGUUAACAUCCUACUGAUAAAAAAAUAAGAAGGAAUAAUAGUGCCCAAAAUAAAAUAAGGGGGGGGGGGGUGGGCUAGAGAGAUUUAGGGCUAAAAUUAUAUACUGUAUCAGUUGUCACUAUUAUCAUUUACAAAAUCACUAGACUGGUAUUAUUUACAAAAUCACUACACAAAAAUGGUAUUUACAAAAUAACUAUCCAGGUAGUAUUUAAAAAAGGGGGGGGGGGGGGGUGGGCUAGAGAGAUUUAGGGCUAAAAUUAUAUACUGUAUCAGUUGUCACUAUUAUCAUUUACAAAAUCACUAGACUGGUAUUAUUUACAAAAUCACUACACAAAGAUGGUAUUUGCAAAAUAACUAUCCAGGUAGUAUUUAAAAAAUCACUAGAGGAUAUUAUUUACUAUAUCACUACACUGGUAGUAUUUACCAAAUCACUAUAUAUAGGUAGUAUUUAAAAAUCUCUACACACAGACAGUAUUUACCAAAUGACUACACAUAGGUAGUAUUUACAAAAUCACUACACAUGGGUAGGGUAUACAAAAUCACUACCCACAGGUAGUAUUUACAAAAUCUCUACCCACAGAUAGUAUUUACAAAUACAUAGACUCAUGAAGUAUCACUGCAUUAUUUGUCAUAACAAUUUAUCUCUCAGGUUUUGCAAGCACAUCAACAGGCAACGUUUUUACAUCAGAUGCAGAUUUUGCCAAAGCUUUUAGUAAUGGAACAAAUACACAAGGUCAGUCUGCUAUACUCUUUCUGUCGACUCUGUGUUGGUCCUAUGUUGUCAGUCCAGUGUUAGGUUCAGUCAAACUUCCAUAAAGGGAGGGCAUUGGUGAAUUUACAUUUUUAAAAUGUUGUUUGACUAAGCCUGCCAAUAAUUGUGCCUGUAUUAAAUAUAAUCAUUCCAUUUCUUGUGUUCUUUCAAAAAAAUAUUGAUACUAUUGGUGGGAAAUUUUGUCAUAUUUUUUUAUCCCACUAGUAUCAUUUCACUUUUAUUUCAAGUUUAGCUUUUUUUAUUGUUUGCUUUCAUUUUGCCAGUAGAUAACUUAAAACAAAAAUAUUUUUUUUAUUUCGCAAACUUUAAAAAAAUUAAUAUUGAUGGGGUCAUUAUUAAAGGUUAUUAAAGGCCAGUUCUAGUUUUAGAAAAGAAUCCCUAUUUUGAGCUUUUUAUUUCCAAGAACUCAUUGGUCUGUAUUUAUGUUAACACAUUUUUCUUUAGAUUUGUUCAACAUUGGUUAUCAACCAAGUAAAAUGCCUUUUAAAAAAAAAUCUGUUUCACCUUUUUAUAUUUUAUUUUAAUUAUGCUAAAAUUUUACCUGAUUUUCAGUUUGGGAUUAUUGACAAUUAACAGCAUGCUAUAUUUUGGGUUUAAUUUGGUUCCUAUUUUUCAGCAGUUGCUAUGUAAUAAUACAUUCUAAUAAUGUAGGCAUGGUGGGGUAUUUUUAUAACACCAUUUGUUGUAUCUGCAAGUCAAAAUAAGGCACUCGUCAACUCUUAAACUUAAUUUUAUGUAAACUGAAAAAAUAAAAUAUUCAAAAAUGAAUUGACAGCCCUUUACAGCAAGUAAAUAAAUUGAACACAAUAUUUCUGCUUUCAAUGUUUGCACCGUAAAGUGUUGUCCAAAGCUUCUAUAAGCUAACAGUGACCUUAUUUUGAUAUGCCAGGGAAUCUGUCUUCAAUCCAUAUGAUUUGACUGGGCUAACACUGCACGUUUUUUGCUCUCUUCUAUCUUUUGAUUCCAUGUGUGCAUGCUCACUUGAUUUGCUCAUCUGUACCUUGUUGGUCACACCUCCACCACCCUUGUGUGUGUGGGUGUGUUGUGGGCUGUCACUAACCUCUGGAUGAUGUUUAUUUAUGAACAACUGCUGCUGGAACACCCAAAACAGCUGGCUCAGGGUUUAGCAUGGGCUCAACUGUGGCACCCCUCUCAACUGCACCCCCAGGUAUAAAUCAUAGUAUAAAAUAUAGAUAGAAAUAAACUUGAUGACAUUCUAUUUGACACAAUAAGCAGGUCAAUGAUUGUUCUCUAUCAUUCAAAAGAAUUGAUAUUACAAAUAAGUAUAAAUUUCAUAUUGAUAUUAUUUAAUGACUUAAUGACUAAAAAAAUUUGUUUGUUAAACUUGCUGAUGACUUUUUUAAAACAACUUAAUAUGACUUGAUUUUCUUUCCAGUUACUCUUUUUUUAUAUAAGUUUUUAAAAUGUGUAUAUAUACUUUUAUUUCCAAACUGUUUGCUGUUAAACUAACAUUCAUAACUCUAGUGAUCACUAGAUAUUUAUACUUAAAGGAUUGAGAUGACACAUUUUUUAUUCUAAAUUUGAUAUAAAAAUAUAUGUUUAAUGCUUCCAUGUUGUUAACUUACGUUUACGAAACCAUUCGUUCUGUUGACAUACUUAAAUUGAUCAAUUAAUCUCAAUACUAAUUUUCUCGUUGUGUUGUAUGGCUAAAAUACUCAUGUUUUAUUCAUGUCCUCUCCUUUCUCCUUCUUUCCCUUGCUACCUUCACCCUUACAUUCAUGCCACCUCUUGGCCAUUUGUAGAUCUGGAUUUAGUCUCACCCCUUGACCUACUAGAUGGAUCAGGGUGUCAAUCUGUUUCCCCUUCCCCAGGCUUGUCUGACUUUGGCAUGGGUCAGUCAUCGCCUAUCCCACCCUCCCAACCCUUUGGGGGCAACUUUUCUGGACUAGACAGUGAGAGCUUGCAUGUGUCCCCUGUCCCCUCCCCAAUGAGUGGUUAUGGGUUAGGUGGCUCUGUAGGUAUGGACACUGUUGGGUUAUUUGGAGCUCCAUCUCAACCCAUAGGACUUGGCAUCGGUCAUUUGUCUCAAGGAGGCAAUUAUUUUGGGCAGGCUGCCACAGGUAUGUUGGGUCAAGGUGUUAGGGCGGGAUCUGGACAGGGCUACUACCAAACCUCAGGUGUUGCAAUGCCUGUUGGCAUCCCGGGUUCAAUGGCACCCCGUCAUUCUGUUGGUAUCACUGCCCCUGGCAGCCCAAGUUUGGGUGUGGGUGGCUCCCCGGCAAGAAUCAUGACAAGGGGAGGUAAAUCUCCUGCCACCUCACUGUCCUCAUCCCCAUCUGGACCCGGUUUGGAAGAUGCAGUAAAAGCUCUUGGCCUGACCAUGUCUCCUGCUAAGGGAGGUAACAAAAGUAUGACCAAAAAUGAGUCACGUCCCUUGUCGCCAGGUCAUCCUACUCUUGGGGCAUCAGGCCAGUAUAAUUCACAUGGUAAGGGUGAUACUCAGGGGGGCUAUGGAGAGCUAGGAGGGUUGGGGGAUGUCCCACCUCAAGGUCAUAGCGCUCAGGAAUACGAGAUUGUGCAGUCUGGUCAAGGUAUUACUUUUCUUUCUUUGAAUGUCUUGUGUUUCCUUUCAUUCCUUGAUGUUGCAUUCUUUAUUUUAGCCAGAUGAGUAGAAAUGGAGCCCCCAACCAUUUACCCGAUUUUAUUCCAUUGACCACUUCUAUAUUUUUGAUGAUUUUAGUUGGUGUUAAAAUAAUUAAGAAAUGCAAUUUAUUAUGAACCUUAAAUUGUGUCUUCCUCGCAGCGCCCUCCCCUUUUCUUUCUUUUUUUCUUUUUCUUUCUUCCCUUCUUAAAAAAUAACCUGGAUUUAUAAUGGCUGGGGGACAAAAUUGUCCAUUUAUUAAAUGAACUCGAAUCAAGAGCUUCUAUCUGUUGUUUCAUUUUAUCACUGUUUUGCCCAAUUUUUGUAGUAGUUUUUAUUAGUCAAACAUUUAGUUUUCUCUAUGGUUCAUCGGGCCACUUUAAGAAUUUUUUUUUACAUAUUCUUAAUGUUUAUUAUUUCUAAAAUUCUUCUUCUUGUAAAGACUUCUUAUCAGUAUUUACAUCCUGUCUUAAAAAUAAUCCAAAUCUCUCAUUUAUCAAACCAUACAUCACAAUACAAAAAUUAUAGAUUUAUCUUAGGAAUAUUGUUAGAAUAGAAUGUAAAAGAACUUUUUGUUAAACAUUUGGGACCUAAUUUAUAUUUGUGUUUAUUUUAUCCAUCCUUGGCACAGUUAUUUUAGUUGCAUGACAAAAUUUUCAUUUGUCAUUUCAUUUUUUAAAUCACUUAAGCCAUUUGAAUUAGUCCAAGUUAGUUGAUGUUACAAAUUCCUUGAUCCUUAACAGCCCAUGAGCUAUUUUCAAUUCAAAGCUAUUCAAAAAGCUUAGCAAUAAUGGUAAAAAUAUAUAUAUAUAUAGUUGUGGCUGCUCAGAUGGUGGUGAUUUCAUUCAGUAUUAAAUGUAUACAAGAAAUUAAUAUACUAAAUGGUUAAGGACUUACGAAAGAGUUUAAUCAGCAAGGAUGUCAAGUUGGAAAUACAUUACUUUAUUUUACAUUUUGCCAGUAAAUUUUAUUUCUUGGUCAGUUUACUAAUAUUUGAUAUUAACCACAGUUUAGUUGAGUUACGAAACAUAGCAUACUUUUUGGGGGUCAUCAUUUUUUCAUCAGAAUUGGCUACAGGGGGAAUGAUUUGAUUUGUAUAUCAUUUGGUGGUUGGGUAGAUGCCUUGUGGGUGGGUAGAUUUUUUAAUUAGUUUAUUUUUAUGUGUAGCAUAACUCCAUUAAUAGAUGCAUUAAUAUUGGUUACCGGAAAUUAGUUUGAAAGAAAUUUCGUCUGCGAAAAAUUGAUAGAACGGAAAUUUGGUCGAAAUCUUUUUUUCCGUUCACACGUUAAAAUUUUCGUCAAAUUUCUUUUUAAAUGCACAAUAUUAUAUAGUAAAACAAAAUGAUGCAUUCAAAAAGAAAUUUGAAGCAAAAUUUUAACGUGGGAACUUUAAAAAAAGAUUCAACCAAAUUUCUGUCGAUCAAUUUUCCAUUGACGAAGUUUCUUUCAAACAAAUUUCCGGAAAAGAUUAAUAUUGUGUUCUUGGCUAUACUUUUUGUAACAUUUUAUAGCUAUAGAUGUAAGUUUAAAACAGUUUUGUUGUAAAUUGUAUAUAAUUUCCAUUAGUCAAAGUAGAAAAUCAAAAAUUUCUAUGUAAAUUUGAAAGGUUUUUACCAUCAAAGUAGUUUUUUGUACUGAGGGAAUUGAACAAGAACAACCAAUUCACACACCAGGAUGGAAAUGUUGCGAACUGUAGUCACCCACUUCCUUCAAAUUCUGAUUAAACUUCCUCUAAAUUGUUCAUAUCAAAUUGUAUCAUAUUCUUCAGAAGUUAUUAAACUUUACAGCAAUAGUUAUUCAACAUUACAGCAAUUAAUUACUGGAAAACACUCACAGAUCUUUAGCAGUUGUUCAAUGUUCUUGCUAAAGUAAUUAAUUUGAAUAAAUAGCUGGUAUGUUGAGUUGGUUAAAGAGUCUCUUUGACUGACUACUCAGCAACUCAGUGUUUUCAUUACGCACAAUUGCAUACAAGAAUACUUCUAAAACAUGGAUUAUUUUAACAUCACACAGUCUUUAGAUUGAGUUGUUUUUUUUUUAAGCAUUAGGUUUAUUUAAAAUAGUUAUGGUUUUUAAAAAAAAUAGUUUUGCCCACUAGCCCUAUCAAAAUAUGGCAAAAAAAAGGAAUCUUUGUUAUGAGUUGCCGAUCCUUUAAAUCCAUUUUUCCAAGUUAUAUUUUAUAGAAAAGCUAAUGUCAACAUAAUUAAUAACCCUUCUAUGUAUUUAUUUACAUAGUUAAUAAGACUUUGGGCUUGAGAUGUGGGUUCUUUUUACAUGCUUUUAUUUAGCUUGCGAUUUUGUCUCUUUGACAAAUCUUGUAACUCGAUUUUAAACAUGUUCCUUUGGUCCGAUGGACUUGAAAUUUUGCAUGGUCAUUCAAUCCUGCUGACAAUACAACCCUACAAGAUCAGUAGGUCACCAGUGUCCUCCACUGACCCUUGAGUGACCUCUGGGGAUAUCUCAGGAAUGGAAAGUUAUAUGGACUACAUUUCCUUAAGCAUGGUUACUCAUUCCUGAUAACAAAGACUAAAAAGUACUAAAUAAAAUACUUUUUAAACGACAUGCUUUAUUUCUAAAAAAAUUUCCUUAGUAAAAAUUAUAAAAUAAAUGCAGACCUGUUUACCCUCAAACUCUUAAAAUCGUACAAUAUCAUCACAAAAUCAAUCAAUACAUUAUCUUAAUAGUAAAAUAAACAUCAGUAUAUCUAUAAUGUAUACACCUCAAAAUCGUACAUUGUACGCCAAAAUCGUACGAGUAAACAGGUCUGAUAAAUGUCCCCCAAAACUUCAGAGUUAUUACAGUCAUAAAAAAACAAAAAACAACAUGAGGUGCCCAAGAACUGAGUGUUCUUUGUUGCAGCUCAAUUGCUGAAAGUGGGACAAAAUUGAGAGGCAAGAUUUUACCAAAUUCAAAAUAACAAAGGGACAGAGCAAUCUAAGAAAAGUCACACAUCAUUAUUAAAUUUCUUGGGUGCCUCAUGCUUUUUUAGUCAUAUGAUGGUAACAACUCUGAAGUUUUGGGUGACAUUUAUUUUAUUCCAAAGUUUAUUUUUGUAAAAGCAUGUUUUAAAAAAAAAAAGAGUAUUUAUUUAUAUUUUUCUUUUAAAGGCUUCAGACCUUAUUUUUAAAUGAAAGUCUAAAUUGGCUCCAGGGCUGGCAAUGGGGUGUGCUUUCCCACUGGCUACACUACUGCUUUACGUGAUUAAACUUAAAGUCUCAUAUGAUUGCUAAAGUAUUAGAUGAGAACUGAUGUUUUUACCUUUCAAAAUAUUCUUUGACUUUGACAGUAAGCCUUUCUAAUAACUGUUAUUAUGCUGUUUUAGUGCAUGCACUAUUAUUUUUAAGUAACAUAUUUCUCAUUCCUCAGUCUGUUUGAAGUUGUUUUUUUAAAAAUUUUUAUAGUUAAAUAUUAAUAUAAAUAUUUAUGUUUUACUUAAAGCCAAGAAAAUAUUUUAUUCAAGUUAACAUUUUAAGACAAAGUAUUACAAUUUUUUAAAAUCAGUGAGUGGCCAAUCCAAAUCUUAUUACUGAUAAGAUUUAUCUUAAUUUGAACUGAUUUACAAGUGAGACACUUCUUAUUUAUUAAUUAAGCAUUUAUUUAGAAUCCUUUCGAUGCUUCAAUUCUUUUUUUUUUCUUCAAUUUGAAAUGAGGUGUUUGUGUAUACUUAACAUCUGCUAUAUUGUAUAGGGUUUGAUGCAUUUGGAGAUGUGCUACAGCCGAUGAACAAAUCUUCACCGUCCCAAACACCACAACCCUCACAGCAAGCAAAGCCAAUAGGCAAGGACCUAGACACUUCUUUAGCUUCUUUAGCAUCAAACCUAAAUGUUCGUGGGGGAGCCACAUCUAGUAAAAAGUAAGUGUUUCUUGAUGAGUAGUUACUUUUGAUAAAAUGCUAAUUAUCCUACAUUGAUUCCAUGUUGCAAAAAAAAAAAAAACUUACUUUAUAAAAGUUAUUUGGCAUGAUUAAGUCAUAAGGGUUGCGUCAUGAUCUUCUAAAUUAAAAAAAUUAUUUUAAAUCGACCUUAAGAAUUUUUGUGUGAUUACACCUUGCAUAUUUUCAUAUACAUAUUCUUUCAAGUUUUAAUGAAUUGGAUAAAUUCCAUCAUUUUGUUAAGGCACUACUCAUGCUGAUAUACUUCCCGAAUUGGGUUAUACACACAAACGAAUUGUAGUUGGGUAGAUGAUUUGGCUACAUAACAUAGUUUUAGUGGAGUUAAGUAUUACUGAUCAACCGGACAAAAAUGCUGACAAACAUCCCUUAAUAGAUUUUAAUUAAAAUGUUGCUAUUGAUAUUUGGAAAUUAUAAAAAUUUGUGAACAUUUUUUUUUCUCUUUCUAACCCAAUCAGAGAUCACCAGUGGCAACCAAAAGGAGAAAGUAAAUUGACAGGAGGUAAUGCAUUCCAACGACAACCAGUUGCCUCAUCCACAACAACACCAUGGGGACAGCAACCUGUAUUCCAAACACCUAUGGUGCAGGUACGAAGAGAUCAUCAGCUGUUGUUUUUAUAAUUGAUCACUGUAAAUGUGUUCUAUAAUAAUUUUCUUUUUGGUCUGAAAGGUUAGUGAGAAAUGUGUACAUUUUAAACAUUACUAAAUUGUAAUUUACAUUGUGACCGCAUCGGCUGUCAAUCCCAUUAAAAAUACGUAAUGAGAUUAAGCACUGUUCUUUUGUAUGUAAAUAAUUACAGUACAGUAUUAACAAUAUUGUAAAUAAUUACAGAACAGACAUUCAAAUUUGUAAUAAUUUAAAUAAAAUUUUUAAAAAUGUAUUCAAAUAUUUUUAAAACGAAAUCUCAAAAUUUUGAAUGUUUGUUGGCUAAUGAGGCACCUUUUAUCAAUAAAAAUAUAUUCUUUCCUAUUUUCCAAAUUGGUAUGGUGUAAUUAAAAUUGAUGUUCAAACAGAAAAUAUGUGGCUUUCAAUAAAUAAUGACUAAAGCUUUAUGUUUUAUCUUUUUUUUUUACUGGUAAAUUUAAGAUUGCUGAAUUAUUAGAAUUCUGUUUUAAUGGAGAGUUUUUAAAAUAUUUUUGAUGUAGGCUGAAAGAAAAAACUAAUAAUAGAAAUAGUUUUAUACAAUAAGAGAAAAAAAGUUUAACAUAUAAUUGAUACGAUUCUGUUAAAACAAAAGCUUGCCACAUGAAUGUCAUAAAUCUUUACCUUUUCUUUAUUCCAGAUGGGAACACCAGGAGCACCUAUGAUGUAUGCCCCACCUAUGGGGGCACCCAUGGCCCAACCAAUGAUGGUAAGACAUCUCCUUCUAUUUCAGGGAUGUGCUCUGAUAAAUCUUACUGUAAUAUAUUUCACAACAGCCACAUAAAUAUCAAAUAAAAUUGCACAUAAAAUGUUUCGCAUGAAAUUCAAUGAUAUUUUUUCUUUAAAUUCUAAAGUUGAAAUUGAAAACUCAGUAAAAAAAAUGAGCUGGAAUAAUUUUUAAAUUAUUAAAUAAUUUUCUUAAACAUAAGCCCUGUUUUUCUCAUGCUGAAAUGAUAUCAUUGGCAUGACAUUUGUUGGCCAAGAGUUACCAUCCUUAAUGUUGCAUAUCAAACACUUGUCACAUUUAGAACUAAUGGUUAGAAAUCCAUCAAUUCUGUAAUUUAAGUUACAGGACAAUCAUAUUUUUUUUAGAUUGAUAUAUAGGAUGUUAUAAAAAAUUCACCAUGAUUUUUACAGAUGGGCCAACCAAUGGGCAUGGGAAUGGGCAUUCCACCAACCAUGGGUAUGGGAGCCCCAGCCAUGUAUGGUGUUCAAAGAAUGCCAAUAAUGGGCGGCUACCAGCCCCCACGACCAGCUCAGCCACAGAGUGGCCAAACAAACAAUGUGAAUGAUCCAUUUGGGGCUUUAUGAGACCAAGGUGAGUAUUAGGGGCAUUAUGAGACCAGGUUGAGUAUUGGGGUCAUUAUAACACAAGGUUUAGUAUUGUGGUACAUAAUAUUUUAACAGAUAAUAUCUCAUAUGCUAAUAUUAGUUCAUAUUGUUUGAAAUUAAUUUGAAUCAGAUGAUUAUUUUUAUUCUGAUUAAUAUUCAGAGCAAGUAUUUUAUUCUGUUAAAGUCUUGAUAGUGAUCAAAGGUAUUCAUAAGACACAACACAUUCUCGAUAUAAAUAUUGGUAUUGGUAAUUUAAAAUAUGAAUGUCUCAGUUAAUCCCUGCCAUCUAAGGUAAAAGAGAAGAGAAAAGCUAAUUAAGGUUAAAACAAAAUUAAGCGGAGUGGCCAAAUUUUAUUAUUAUAAAAAGUCCAGCGUGCUUGUUCAAAUGGUUGUGAUAAAAUAAACAAUUAACAAUGGUUAUUUGUGUAGUAAACAAUUGCACAUUUUUCUCUCCCCUCCACAGACUUGUUAUGACUGAUAUAUGAAGACAGCAGAAAGAGCAUGGCAGAGCCAACCCCCACAGAACACAGGAUGUUAAUGUGUCUUACUGCACGGUUGUUGCUGAUUUGGCUUGUUCAAAACAUUACCAUUGGACUAUCUUACGGGUAGCGUGCAUUUUUUAUCAUUGGAUUGUUCAAGUCAUGAAGAUGAAGCCACUGUCAAUUAGAUUUGUUGUAGGUUGUUUGGCCACGUGUCCUAGUGAGUGAAUCAACAAACAGUCGGAAAAUAGUGAGAGACCACUAUAAAAUCACACAUGUCCCUCUAUUUAAAAUACAAACAUAAGCCACUAUAUUGCAACAUUUGUUUUUAGAGGGUUCUGACAGCCUGCACCUAGCUGCUACAAGACUGCAUCUAGGCAAUAAAUGACACAGACACAACUGGUCCCACUAGUUUUCUUGUUGGUAUUCGCUUCUGUUGUCUGGCACUACCAAUAAAUAAUGAAGCCUGCUUUUGACUUUGUUUUAUUUAUCUAUUAUUACAUUUUAAUAAAUCUAUUAUUACACUUCAAUAUUGGCUGCUAAGUUUUGCUUUUUAAAGAGAAAAAGUAUUAUUAUUAUAAUUAUUUUUUCUGGCAAUUAAGAAAUAUUAUUUAAUGGCUUGUACUUAAUUCAUAGGGUAAGAAUUAUAAUUUUUUGUUACAGUCAUUUAAAUAAUCCCAAAAGAAAUGCCAAGAAUGUUUUUGAGUAAAUGAUGUUAAAUGAGUUGGAUGAUUUGUCAUUCAGAUUGGACUACUGGCUAGUCCCAGAUGUUACUAAUGGCAUUUUAGAAAUUCCUAAAAUGUUGAUUCAUUUCUGGUUACCAGAGUUGUCUUGUUUUUAUUAUGUAUUUAGCUAAGUUUGAGGGGACUUGUGAGUUCUGUUUAUUGCCUGUCCAACAUUCCCAUGUUGCAGCUGGGUUGGGUUUGAUAUCAUUGGGACACCUUAAGCUAGCACAUAAUCAAGGUCUUUUUUAUAGUAAUGAAAUAGUAACUAUCAACCAAUAAUUUAAGAAAUAUAAAGAAACAUUAUUUAGUAACAGCAAAUUGGAAAAAGAAUUAGAGAGUAAUAGAAUUGUUUCUGGCCUAAUCUAGACCUACAGCUUAUUUUGCUCGGCUUCCAGUUGUGUGGAUGGUUUCAUGAAACCAGUUUUACUUGCAAUCAAUCAGCUUGUUUGACACACCUUGACUCCUGUUCUUUGUGCAAUGUAUGAUGGGAAGACCUAAGACUGGUUAGCCUUACAAUCUCCUACACUUGAAACAUUUGAUGUGCUGGAUUUCUCACUAGAGUUAGUGUGCUGGAUUUCUCACCAGAGUUGUAGUGUAUACUUAUGAGAUUAGUUAGUUUGUAGGGGCAUGAGGCUCAUUUCAUCUUCUACUUUUAUUUGUUAUAUGAUAAUGAAAUGUUUGUUCCGACAGUUCAAGGACAGCAAUAAAUUUCUAUUGAAAAGAUCAUAUUUUUGUUUUUUGUAGAAUCAAAAAUGUGCAAUUUUAAAAUUUAACCUGUGUUAGAAGAAAUAAAAUCUCUUUAAAAAAUCACCUACAAUUAUUGAAACUGCACAACUGGUAUGUUAAUUUUAAAAUAUUAUCUGGGAAAAUCUAUUUGUUUAUUGGCCAGUUUCAUGGCUUGGGUAGCCAACACCAUCUUUGUAUCAUCUUGUUUGGUGACAAUGCCAUUUAAUUUAUCAGAUGAUGUAUUGAAUCAUUUGGAGGUGAUAUUUCCCCUGCCCAUUUAUUUAGUGAUGAUACUGGGCCUUAUAUUUAUAUAAAAGAAUAGACUCCGUCUCAUCAUGUUUCCCAGUAUUCCUCUUCCCAUGCUUGAUGAUGAAAUAAAAACCCCAACAAAAACUAAUGCACUCCCAGCUAUAAUCAGCACAGCUGAGACUGGCAAUGUGACAAGUAUAUGUCUAUAAAAUGAUAGCCCCAAUUAGUAGAAUGGUAGGAAUUUAUGUCAUGAGUAUUAAUUAUUAUUUAACAUAAUUUGUUCUCGUCUAGGGUGUGCUUCAGAGAGCAAAUAUGUGCACAUUUAGAGGGCCCUUGACUAAGAGUAAUUUUUUGAACAAAAUGCUUUCAUUGUUGUGGCUGGUGGGGUUGAUCUAUUCCAAGUUAAAAUGUGUCCCCAUUUUAAGGCUACUUCUUCCUCUAUUCAAAUUAAACUUACAACUUGAAGGACCCAACUGGAUAUCUGAACACUUUCUGAAAUCAUUGCAUAUAUAUAUUUUUUGGUCAUGCUCAUUAUUAUUAAUGCAAAAUGUAAUGUUAACAUCCCCAUAAUACACUCUAAACAGCUUUUUUAAAAAUUGCCAUAUAUGGAAGAGCUCCAUUAAUUAUUUUUUUAAUGAGUUUUUAUGUUUCUUUGUCAUGUAUUGUAUGGAAAAGACAAAGGCAACUUGGGUUUGGACGUACACAUUUAUUAUAACUAUACAUCCAUCAUUACUCGGCAACUCUCUUUUGUAUUAACAUGCCAUGUGUUGUAUUUAAGUAUUCUCUAUCCUCUGUUUUUGAUAUUUCUGAUUACUCAUGUUUUAGCUGUUAACGUAUGUUAUUUAUUUCAUAAAGAUCAAAAACAGACCAUUUUACACAACUUCUGAUGAUUUGUAUAAAACAUGUAUCAGAAUACAUUUAUGUUAUAUAAAACAAAAAACAACCAAACAUCAUGCCUGUUUCACUUGUUUGUUUUUUUUGGUUGGUAUGUUUAACUUACUUUGCUUUUCUUUUUAUUAUUCAUUUUCAUUUCUUAAAAACAUGUUGGGUUGAACCAGAGUAUGUAAAGAGAUUGUGGGCUAUCAAGUGCAAGUGUUUUCUGUGAUAUUCUCCGUGGCUUUGUCUGUACUGUUGAUGGCAUUACCAGGGUCGGGCAAGAGCUUCCCUCUCGGCUCACGCAUCAGACACAAGCUUAAUGGAGAUGAGGUUAAAUAUAUCUCUUAGUUGUUCAUGAAGUUUGUAACCAGCCUGCUUGUAUAUUAAUCCAAUGUUUAAGUAAUGUAAUACUCUCUGUGGUACCUAGGUUGUCAUGUGAUUAAAUUUGAUAUAUUAGUACACAUUGGGGAUUGUAUGCAAUAAGCUGAACAUCUCAUCAGCAAUAUUUACACUUUCAAUGUUUGAAUCAGUGGAGAUUUAUACAGCUUAGUUAUUGUGGCCAUGUCUCUGUUGGAAUAAUCUUGUUUACUUUUGAACAGAUCAUGUGACUCGGGUCUGUGUGAUCAUGUGAGCUACUGCAUUAGCUAUUUUGUAAAUGCUCUCUUUGCAGUUUUGAUAAGUUUAUGUAUAUAAAUACACAAUUUUUCUGCAUCAACACUAGAACCCAUUUGUUUUUAAGUUAGUUUCCAACUGUCCCCACAUCUGCUGUAGAAUACCCUGGCUUAUUAUUUCAUGUUUUUUUUUUUCUAUCAUGUAUUAAUUAAGCAGCCAUGUUUCUAGAAUAACGUUUACCAUAAUUCUACUUGUAUGAUUCACCAUGUGUAGGCAAUGAAGAUGGUGGCCUACACACAUGAGUUAUCACAAACAUCUGCUCAUUGUUAUUGACUGUUCUUAUCAUAGUUAGUUUAUAAUAGUCUUAACACUUCAAUGCUACCAUGUUGGGGUUAGAGGGAAUGUGAUGUAUGUUGUGACCUAGCUGAAUUUGGUAGUUCUAAUUGUCUUUUCUUUAAUAAAUGUUUAUCAAACAAGAAGGAUAAAAUUUACCAUGUUCACAAAUAAAUUAGCUCUGCAGAUUCGCUCUCACAAAAGACAAUCUAGGAAAUGUCUUUUGGUGGGCCUAAAGUUUGAGAAACAAGGCUACAUAGUCAAUUUAUAUGUAUGUGAUAGACUAAGAUCUUAGUAUGUUAACACAUGUGUAGAGCAAUAUUUGCAAACCAUUUCAUUGCUUGGUGAUCAGCAUCAUUUUAGUUGUUGCAAUAUUUAAUAUUAGUGAGAAAGUGAGUCAUCAAGAAUAUAUUUUCACCAACCAUUAAUGUGUAACAUAUCAUUGACAGAUACAGAGUUAGUAAAACUGAAUAACACCAAUCUUUAUUGACCUUGUGCUAAUGCAAUCAGAUACAAGAAAAAAACAGUUAAAUUGGCCAUAGAGGAGUUUACAAAACUUCACCAAUAAGACUAGGGCCUCAACUGUUUAUACAUUUGCUGAUCUUAUUAGACUAUUGUCAAAUCAAUCUGAGCUUAAAGGUGGGAAAAGAAAACUAUAGUUUUGUUUGUUUGCAAUUUUUGGUCUAGAAAUAAUUUUAAUUGAUAAGAUAUAAAUGCAAUGGAUAGGGGAUGGGGUGGCUAGGAGGCUACACAUUAUAUUCUACCACAAUUAAUAAUUGCUAUUGAAAUAUUCUUUAAAAUGUUGAAAUUGAAGUAGAUGUAUCAUAAAUCAGUGGAUUUGUUUAUAAAUUAGUAUUUCAUACAGAUGGGGUUAGGAUCAUAACUUUUGGGGUCCUGGGUUUCAUGACCAUAUUACUUGUGGCUUAAUUCUAUAUGGGAUAAUGCUUUAAUUUAACGGUUACUUCUACAACAAUGAAACCACUGAUUUACACAAGACUUUGAAAAUGUUGAUGUCUAUCUUUGACUGCAUUAGGAAAAUCAAGUCAAUUGUUUCUACUCACCAAGUCCAAGUCUUAAUUUCAUGCAUUAAUUGAAUGUCUGGUGAUUACUAGUUUAUAACAUUUAAAUGGUUACAAGGUAUAGCAAUCCUCCAUGGAGGAGAGUGUGCUAUGCAUACCAGAAAGUUCUGUACAUAAUUUGUGUGUGCUGUCACGCAUCGGUAUAUUGUAUCAGUGUUGUAUCACAUAUUAUUAAUAGCUGAUUUAUUAUCAAUUUAUCAUUUCUAUUUUAUUUGUAUAGAUUUCAAAACUGGAAUAAAGUCAUACGCAAUUUUCUCAAUUCUUUGCUUU